UAUUUUUUUUGUGUUCGCUGUAUAUAUGAAAGUUGGCCAAUUUUGUGUAUGUAACAAGAGCCAAUUUGGUUUUGUCAUGUACUUUUUUAGAUAUAGUGGGGUAUAAGUGUGUGUGUAACUUUUUCCGAUGUUCACCCACACACUAUAUAUAUAUAAAAGCUAAGCUAAGCAAGUCGUUUUAAAUUAUAGACUGAAGUGCAGGCCGAAAACAAAGUAUAUCAGUUGAAACUUCAUUUGGAUCAGCCAAGAAGAAGAAGAAGAAGAAGAAGAAGAAGAAAUGGAGUUCUGGAACCUUUUCAUGGUUGCAUUAAUGCCAGUUGUAAAGGUGCUUUUGAUCACUGCUCUUGGGACAAUUCUUGCCAUUCGGCGUUUUGGUAUACUUGGGGACACUGCCAGGAAAAACUUGAAUCAUAUGGUAUUUUAUGUGUUUGGGCCUGCUAUUGUUUGUAGCAGCCUCGCAAAAACCAUAACUCUAAGGAACGUCGUUAUUUUGUGGUUCAUGCCGGUGAAUGUUCUUCUCACAUUUCUUAUUGGAACAGCUCUUGGAUGGUUACUUAUUAAAAUAAUCAGAGUUCCUCUUCAUCUUCAUGGCCUUGUCUUAGGUUGUUGUGCUGCAGGGAAUCUGGGAAAUUUACCUCUUAUUAUAGUUCCAGCUGUCUGUAAAAAAAGAAACAACUCUUUUGGAGAUGUGGAUGUUUGCAAAAAGAAUGCAUUAGCAUAUGCUUCUCUCUCAAUGGCACUAGGAAGCAUUUACAUUUGGUCUUAUGUAUACAACAUAGUCCGCAUAUAUUCAAGCAAGGUUUCAUCAGUUGAUGAUUCAAAAGUAAAAGCAGUGAUCAUUGCAACAGAAAAUGAUGAUAUUGAUUCAGAAAACCCUUCAAAAUUGGUCACUGUUGAUGACAAAUCACAAACUAAUGAUCAUGUGAAGCAACUUGAAAUUGAAUCUGUAGUGUCUCACCAACAAAUAGCAAAGAUAUCAUCAACAAAGGAAAAAAUUAGGAAUCAGAUAAAGGUAUUAGCAGAAAAGAUCAAUUUGAAGGUACUAUUUGCACCAGCAACAAUUGGAACGAUAAUUGGUUUAAUAAUUGGAAUUGUUCCUCAAUUUCGAAAAGUAUUAGUUGAUGAAAAUGCACCUCUUUUUGUGAUUCAAGACUCUUUAGUCAUGUUGGGGGAUGCAGCAAUUCCAGCAAUGACCUUGUUGGUUGGUGCAAAUCUUGUUAAGGGUUUAGAGGGAGUAAGAAAGCAACUUCCACUUGUUAUUGGGAUUACUAUAGUUAGAUUUAUUGCCUUGCCAGCAAUAGGUAUAGGAAUUGUUAAAGGUGCUACUCAUUUUGGCUUGAUCCACCAUGAUCCAUUAUAUCAAUUUCUUUUACUACUUCAAUUUGCUCUUCCUCCUGCAGUAGCCAUGAGUACAAUGGUUCAAUUAUUUGGAGGUGGUGAAGGUGAAUGCUCAGUUAUCAUGUUAGCAACUUAUUCUUGUGCUGCAGUUUCCCUUACUCUUUGGUGCACAUUCUUUGUGUGGCUUGUAUUAUCAUAAUUGUUUCUCCAUGCCUUAGUUAUAGUUACAAAUUCUCCAUUGUUGUAAAAGUCAAAGCUCUAUGUAGAGAGUUUUGAUUAAAUUAGUAUACAUGCUUUUAAAGAGUUAACUUAAUGUAAUUAGUAUUAGUAAAGGUUUUUAAAUAUUUUACUUUAAUAAAUACACAACAAAUACAUUGAAAAGUUACACUUUA